AUGGCCCAGCUAUACUACAAAAAGGUAAAUUACUCACCAUACAGAGACCGGAUCCCGCUACAGAUCGUGCGGGCAGAGGCAGAGCUGUCGGCGGAGGAGAAAGCCUACCUCAGUGCUGUGGAGAAGGGGGACUACGCCAGCGUGAAACAUGCCCUGCAAGAGGCAGAGAUCUACUACAACAUCAACAUCAACUGUAUGGAUCCUCUCGGUCGCAGUGCCCUUUUAAUAGCCAUAGAGAAUGAAAACCUGGAGAUCAUGGAGCUGCUGCUGAGCCACAGCGUGUACGUGGGCGACGCGCUGCUCUACGCGAUACGCAAGGAGGUGGUGGGAGCUGUGGAGCUGCUGCUGAACUACAGGAAGCCAAGCGGGGAAAAGCAGGUUCCAACCUUGAUGAUGGACACCCAGUUUUCAGAGUUCACUCCAGACAUCACACCGAUCAUGCUGGCAGCUCACACCAACAACUAUGAAAUCAUCAAGCUGCUUGUCCAAAGACGGGUCACGAUUCCACGCCCACACCAGAUCAGAUGCAACUGUGUGGAAUGUGUCUCCAGUUCGGAGGUGGACAGCCUGAGGCAUUCCAGGUCAAGGCUGAACAUCUACAAAGCCUUAGCCAGCCCUUCAUUGAUUGCCUUAUCAAGUGAGGAUCCCAUUUUGACAGCCUUCCGACUGGGCUGGGAGCUGAAGGAGUUGAGCAAAGUGGAAAAUGAAUUCAAGGCUGAAUAUGAAGAACUUUCACAGCAAUGCAAGCGUUUUGCCAAGGACCUUUUGGAUCAAGCACGGAGCUCCCGAGAACUGGAGAUCAUUCUCAAUCACAGAGAUGAUCAAAGUGAAGAGCUGGACCCCCAAAAAUGUCAUGAUUUGGCAAAGCUAAAGGUAGCAAUAAAGUACCACCAGAAAGAGUUUGUUGCUCAGCCAAACUGCCAGCAGCUACUAGCAACACUUUGGUACGAUGGUUUCCCAGGAUGGAGGAGGAAACACUGGGCAGUAAAACUGUUGACCUGUGUCACCAUUGGACUGCUCUUUCCCGUGCUGUCCGUGGCGUACCUGAUUGCACCGAAGAGCAGGCUGGGACUGUUCAUUAAAAAGCCAUUUAUAAAGUUUAUCUGCCACACCGGCUCUUACCUGACCUUCCUCUUCAUGCUCCUGCUGGCGUCGCAGCACAUCGUCAGGACCGACCUUCACAUGCAGGGGCCACCUCCCACCAUCGUGGAGUGGAUGAUCCUGCCCUGGGUUCUAGGUUUUAUCUGGGGAGAAAUCAAGGAAAUGUGGGAUGGUGGAUUCAAUGAGUAUGUACAUGACUGGUGGAAUCUGAUGGAUUUUGCAAUGAACUCCCUCUAUCUUGCAACUAUCUCCCUUAAAAUUGUUGCCUAUGUCAAGUAUAAUGGUUCCCGUCCCAGGGAGGAAUGGGAAAUGUGGCACCCGACCCUCAUUGCAGAAGCCCUCUUUGCAAUAUCCAACAUUUUAAGUUCCUUGCGUCUCAUAUCCCUUUUUACAGCCAAUUCCCACCUGGGACCCUUGCAGAUCUCUCUGGGACGCAUGCUGCUGGACAUCCUUAAAUUCCUUUUUAUCUACUGUCUGGUGCUUCUGGCUUUUGCAAAUGGACUGAACCAGCUUUAUUUUUAUUAUGAGACCAGUGCCUCGGAGGAACCCAACAACUGCAAGGGGAUCCGAUGUGAGAAACAGAACAAUGCCUUCUCCACACUUUUCGAGACCCUCCAGUCACUCUUCUGGUCUGUGUUUGGUCUGCUGAACCUCUAUGUCACCAACGUGAAAGCCAGGCAUGAGUUCACAGAGUUUGUUGGGGCCACCAUGUUUGGGACCUACAACGUCAUCUCCCUUGUUGUGCUGCUGAACAUGCUCAUAGCCAUGAUGAACAACUCCUACCAGCUCAUUGCUGACCACGCAGACAUCGAGUGGAAGUUCGCACGGACGAAGCUCUGGAUGAGUUACUUCGACGAAGGUGCCACUCUGCCCCCUCCCUUUAACAUUGUCCCCAGUCCCAAGUCAGUCUGGUACCUCUGCAAGUGGAUCCACAACCAGCUGUGCCCAGGUGAUGACUCUGACAAUGAACAGAAGAGGCAUGAAAACCUCAAAACAUUCACAGAACGACACGCUGACAACCUGAUUCAGAAUCAACAUUACCAGGAAGUGAUAAGAAAUCUUGUGAAAAGGUAUGUUGCAGCAAUGAUAAGGACUUCCAAAACCAACGAAGGCUUAACUGAAGAAAAUUUCAAGGAAUUAAAACAGGACAUCUCAAGUUUUCGCUAUGAGGUUCUCGACCUCUUAGGGAAUAGAAAGCCCCAGAGGAGGAGUUAUUCAACCAGCAGCACAGAGGUGUCCCAGAAGGAUGAAACAAAUGAGGACGGUGCUGGAGAAAAAUCCAGAGCCAAGAGCGUGUCCUUCAAUGUAGCCAACAAAAAAAAGGACUUCAAUGUAUCUGCUCUGAUUAAAACCAUGUCUGGGAUCGACAUUGUGGAAGAGAAGCCAAAAAGCAAUGGGAUCAGUAAGCGCUCCUUUGUCCGAAACGGAAACAGAGUUCAGAGACUCUCCAGCUCCAAGAAGGAAUCCUUCAAGAGACUGGGCCUGCUCUUCUCCAAGAUGAACGGACACGUACCUGAACCCAGUUCAGAACCCAUGUACACUAUUUCAGAUGGGAUUAUUCAGCCACACUACAUGUGGAAAGACAUUAAAUAUUCUCAGAUUGACCGAGAGAGGGAAGAGAAUUGUUCCAGAAGUGAAAUUAACCUCAAUGAGGUGGCCUACAGUGGGAACACAAGACUUACAGGACAGAGCAAGGAAUGUCCUGUGGUUUGUGCCAGCUCCCUUCACUGUGCUUCCAGUAUUUGUUCCUCUAAUUCCAAACUUAUAGACUCGUCAGAGGACGUGUUUGAUUCCUGGGGAGAGGCCUGUGACUUGUUCAUAAACCAGUGGAAAGAUGGACAGGAGGAUCACGUUACCACUCGGCUCUAAGUAAAACUAUCUUAACACUCACUGGAAAACCUACCCAAGAAUUGGUAAUUGUUUGCUCUCAUCUGAUUCAGCAUUACUGUUCCCUUUCUGUCCACAGGUGAAAAAAAAGUGUAAACACACUUAUGCUAGCCUAUUUUAUAACCAUCUGCACCUUUUUUAAUUUAUUUUUUUACACUCGCUAAUACUAAACUAAAGGUUUCACCAUUUAUAAGGUCACUAUAAACCACAGGAAUCCCUUCAGGUGUAGUCUUAGUCUUCAAACCCCACAGACUUCAGAUGCACUGGUGGCUGAGGAAAGGAUUUCUCCAGUGGUCCCACCAUCGUUCCACCACAGGUGGGUUUCCCUGCUGUCCAACACCGCUGGCUCUGCGUCCUGCUCAGUUUUCCUCAUCAACACGACCAGCUGGUGAGCAGGAGGAUGAGAACCACAUUUCAAAUCUUUUUAAAAAGGGUUUCAACUUAUAGCCAGUCCUUUGUUUCCUUUAAGCAAUAUGACUUCUGGUUCUUUUGGCUGUGUGUGUUUUUUCAGGUCAUUACAUUAAUAUUGUAAAUUGUUAUUGAAUACGAGACCCCUUUGAUCAUCCAGCUGGAACAUGUUAUUAUUUGCUUAUUUGCCUAAUUUGCCUUUUAGGGAGCAGAAAGACCUUCCAGUUAGGCUGACAGUGGGAACCAGCACCUGGCUUUGCUCCCAACUUCUGUGUAGAUGAACUGACCCCAAACCAGCCGUAGCUGCUUGAAAUACAAACCUGUGUGUAGUUUGGCUGAACCAAAACCCAGCUCUAAGCCUUGCCCUUGUUUUUCAAUUCCUAAUCUUAUUUCCACUACUGCAUUCACUUUUUGCUGUAUCUCUGAUGGAUGUCAGGCUUCAGGGAGAAAACCAUCCUCCCUGUGUAUGGCAAGUGCUAAGAGGGAUCAUCUUCCCUG